AAUAAAAUGGAAUCACAAACAGUAGAAACGCAACCGAAAAAACCGAAACCAUUCUCGAUAGACUCGAUAAUCGGUAACAAUCGGAAAUCGCCAGAAAUCGACAUCGAAAACCAAUCAGAUUCUAGAAAUUCUGAAGAAGACGAAGAAGAAAUGAACAGAAUGAGAUAUUAUUUCAAUUCGCCGUUUAUACAGAAUGGUGUGUCGAUACCUUUUUUAUUAGGUUAUGGGGAGCCGUGGCUGUCUAGGGUCUUAGCGCCUGUGCCAGAGAGGGAAAGAGAGGAGAAAACGGAGAGUCCAGUUAGUGUCGGGAGUGAAGAGAGCGACGGGGGAGAGGAUAAUACGCAAGGAAAUGAUUCCGAACCCGACCAAGAGGAUUCAACAGACCGUCGUGAGAGUAAAGCGAGGCGCCGGCGCACGGCCUUCACAUCUGAACAGUUAUUGGAGUUAGAGCGAGAAUUCCACGCCAAGAAGUACCUGAGUCUGACAGAGAGGUCGCAGAUCGCUGCGGCACUCAAACUUAGUGAAGUACAGGUCAAAAUAUGGUUCCAAAACCGUCGCGCGAAAUGGAAACGCGUGAAAGCCGGCCUCGCCUCCGGUAGUCACUCGGGCAAAACCUCGGGCACCAAGAUAGUCGUUCCCAUCCCCGUGCACGUCAACCGCUUUGCUGUACGAACACAACACCACCAGAUGGAAAAACAACAGUUUCGACUAGACAGGAACCAGCCUUGCAGCCUUUUACAGUCUCAAACCUCAGCGUUCUCGAAAAACGACGCGUUUUUAAAAGAAUCGAAUCCGUUUUUGAAAGAAGCGAGGUUACCGAGUCCGUUUUUGAAAAACGAAUCGGUAAUAUCGAUGGGGCGCAGCACUAUGUACGACGCGAGCAUGUCCGCUAGGUUGGCAAGCUUGAGUCAAGCUGCCAAUUUGAGGUUUGGAAAUCAAAAUGGCCGACCUAGCUAGUCUGGGAUUUGCAAUAGAUACAGGCUGAUUGUCUUUGGAAAUGAAAAUUAAUCAAUGCCUAGGUACUUAUUAUCGCUGAAGCAUUAUUGUGCAUGCGAUGAUUAUCUUCUCGCUAUUUCCGGUACAGUUUAAAUAAAAAAAUAUGCUUUAAAAUAUCAACCGUUGUAUGGAUAAUGCGUCAGGGAAAAUAUGUUAAUUCAACGAAAUUUUAUCGUAUUUUUACAAAAUGGUUGUUUCACUGAUUAUGAUAUGGUGUUACUAAGUACAUUGAAUCGAGUUUAAUCCAGUCUUUUUAAAGGACAGUAUAUUUAACAGGCAUAGAUAAUUUUAUACAGAUUUCCCACUACUUAUAAAGAAAACCGAAAGAAAAUGGCUUUCAAACCGGUGGUGAUAAUAUGCAAAGGUGUGUGUGAAGACUGUGAAGACUGUAAAGUCCCCAGUCCACUCUCAGCUAGUGUGGAAUGUAUUGUACAGUCGCUAUUAGAUAUAUCGGAAUCGGGUUUCUAUUGUUUCCCAUAAAGUUUUAAGUCAUAAUGUAUUGUUUCGUUAGUCAUAAUUUGGUUUUUCUCAGAAACGCGUUUAUAGGAUAACCUUACGAAAUCUUACUUCAAUAAUUAUGUCAAAUAAAGGGACCUCAUCGGAACGGCCAAGGUGCUCACAAAUUUUUUGAACACAUACCUCUAUUGUUAAGGGGUUAGAGUUGUUUAUAUAUUUUUGAGCACCUCGACCGCUCUUAUACAGGGUGGCCAAAAAAUAUGUGCAUUCCCGUUGCCAGGCAGGUUUUGGGAUUAUACUGAGCAACUUUUACUAUGGGACCAACGACCAACCACGAAAUCGUGAAAAAAAAUUUUACUAUCCCAUAUAAAAUGGACCAGCCAACAUGUAUGAAACAGCCA